AACUGAGAUGGAUUAUGUUAAGCCAGAUGUGCCCGGAUCUCAGUUUGAGGAGGAGCUAUAAGUUCCAAGCUGCAGUUUCGGUUGUUUACAGCAGCACACGAAGCUGACAAAUAAAAGGCCCAGUUUGUCCGCGUCUGCUGCUGUAAUCCAAAUCGCGACUUGUUGCCGGAUUGUGCCAAAGUCAACCUUCCGCAACUAUAUCGUCGUCUAUUAUAAAGGCUGGAAUCUUCCUUCGCCGGUAUUAAAAACCCAUUCGUAGCUCCACUUUGGUCAAUAGCCUACUCUGUUCUUCAACGAGCCCAGAAGAAACGAGGGGAAGAGAUGAAGCUGGUUUGGUGCCCGGAGAACGCCGCCAAGGCCUACAUCGACGCCGUGAACGCCCUCGCCGAUCGGGACCUGGAGGAGACCAACGUCGCCGAGUUGGUCGCUGCCAUGGCCGGAGGUUGGAGGGCUCAGCUCAUAGUGGAAGCAUGGUCUCGCGACGCCGGCGCCGCCACCGGCGUCGGGCUGCGAGCUGCCGCUAGGCACGCCCGAGGUCGACACGUGUGUGUCGUCCCUGACGAGCAGUCGGCGGCGGAAUACGUGGAGGCGAUGCGGCGUGCGGGAGCUGCGGCGGAGGCGGGGUCGGUGGUGGUGGGGGAGCCGGAGGAGGCCAUGCGGGAGCUGGAGGGGGUGGACCUUAUGGUGGUGGACUGCCGGCGCAGGGACGCGGGGAGGGUGUUGAGGGAGGUGCGGCCGGGGCCGAGGGGGAUGGUGGUGGUGCGCAAGGGAGCGGACAGGCGGCGGGGCGGGGCUGCCGCGGUGUUCGGCUCGGGGACGAGGGUGGUGCGGUCGACGUACCUUCCGAUAGGCAGCGGCGUGGAGGUGCUGCAUGUCGGCGUCGGGAAGGGGCCGAGCUUGGGCGGCGACCGACCACGGUGGUUCAGGCACUUCGAUCAUUACACCAAGGAGGAGCAUGUGUUCCGGAGGAGGCGGUGACGAGUCGAUCAUCGUUGGCCGCUUUACCUCCACUUUACUCUCUUUCAUUCUACACUGUAAAACGAAGACCUGUAAAAUUUCCUUCGAUGUCAAUUAGUAGUUUUGAACUGUUCGUUUCA